GGCGCUAUGCUCCUUUUUAGUCGGUUUGCAACUCGCCAGUAAAUGCACAGAAGAAAAAGAACACGUCAUAAUGCUGCGCCGCACUUUCGUGUGUGAGGGGAUUCGACUGAAGAAAGGGACAGAGUGUCCAAACACACAGAAAAACUCCUGGUGAAGCAACUGAGAUCCACGUGACACAAGAUGGCGUUUAUUAAAGAGGAGAGUGAAGAAAUGAAGAUUGAAGAAGUAUUCAGUUUGAAACAAGAAGAUACUGAGGAACAAAUAGACCUGAUGGCGCUGAAAGAGGAGAGUUCUAAGGAAAUGGAAGAGAAAGAUCAUGAUUUCAUGACUGGAAAAAAAUCUACACAGAUUGAUAAGAACUCACGGAAAAGAGCUAAAAAUUUCACCUGCCAACAGUGCGGAAAGAGUUUUUAUCAACGUGGAGCCCUUAGAGUCCAUAUUAGAAUUCACACCGGGGAGAAACCUUUCACCUGCAAACUUUGUAAAAGGAGUUUCAAUGAAACGGGACAGCUUAAAAUUCACAUGAGACUUCACACUGGAGAGAAGCCUUACACCUGUCAACAAUGUGGAAAGAGUUUCGCUCAAAAAGGAAACUUUACAAACCACAUGAGAAUUCACACAGUAGACGACCUUUUCAAAUGCCAAAAGUGUGGAAAGAGGUUCAGUGAAAAGGGAAGCCUUAAAAUUCACAUGAGGAUUCACUCUAGAGAUAUCUCAUUUACUUGCCAACAGUGUGGAAGGAGUUUCACUCAAAAAGGAAACCUUCAAAAGCACAUGAGAAUUCACACCGGAGAGAAGCCUUACGCCUGCAAACUCUGUGGGAAGAGCUUCACACGGGAACUAGGCCUUAGGUACCACAUGCAAAUUCACACUGGAGAAAAGCCGUUCAAAUGCUGUUGGUGUGUAAAGAGUUUCACACGUAAAGAGACCCUUGAGGACCAUAUAAGAAGUCACACUGGUGAGAAGCCGUUCACAUGUGUUCAGUGUGGGAAAAGUUUUGUUGGAAGACAAAACCUUAAUAAGCACAUGAGGAUUCACUCAAGAGAAAACUAUUUUAAAUGUCAUCAUUGCGGAAGUAGUUUCGCAGACAUGAAGCGCCUUAAGAAUCAUGUAAUAACUCACUCUGGAGAAAAGCCUUUCAUGUGCAAUCACUGUGGAAAGAGUUUUAAAAAUAAAAGAAGGCUUAAAAUUCACAUGAGACUUCACAAUGGAAAGAGGCCUUUCACAUGUCUUCAGCGUGAGAAAAGUUUCACAAAUCUAAGAGACAUGAAACGUCAUUUCCAAAUUCCCUCUGGAGGAAAGAAAUUGGAUUGUGAUAAGUGUAAUAAAUUUAUUUUGCCAUUACACUUACAGAUACACCUGAAAAGUCACACAGAUUUGAGACCCUAUUUGUGUUUGUGUGGAAAGAGUUUCAAAUGGUUUAGCAAUUUAAAAUGGCACCAGAAAAUUCGUAUCUGUGUGAAAUUAAGGCUACGUUCAAGCCGUUGAUGAAUGUGGACCAAAUCAGUUAUUUUUUUCUCAAUGUUUAUUUGUCGUGAGACUGUUCACAUUACCUUUACACACUCACUGGCCACUCUAUUAGGUUCACCUGUUACUAUUUGUGAACACAAAUAUUUAAACAAUCACAUGGCAGCAACUCAAUGCAUUUAAGCAUGUAUACAUAGUCAAGAUGAAGUUCAAACUGAGUAACAGAAUGAGGAAGAAAGCUGAUUUAAGUGACU